UUUUUUUUUUAAGGAUCAACUCCCAGUUCUGUACAAAACAAAGAUGUCAAACUUGUCUCAUAGCGAAGGGACAGGAAAAUCAGAAAAUAUUGUCAUUUGGGAUAUUUUUACACGUUGUAGCUCUUGUGUAUGUUCUGAGUAAAUCUUAUUUACACCGUUGUGUUUGGUAUCUGGACUCUGGGGAUAUUUGGUUAGCCCUGGAGCUAAGUUUACACAAGAAGAAUUAGGACGCAGGGGUUAGUUUGGCGCUUUUUAACAGACAUUUCUUUAGCGUGUUAGCUCCUGGUACGAGCAGGGACGGGUUUUGGUGACGGAUGAAACACUAAACAGUGUGAGUAAGCAGCUCUGGGCUUUACUGACUCAUCUGUUUCUGAUGUAAAAGAAGAAAAUUACCGGCACCAGCAGCGGUUCUGACCGGACAUCAUCGGCGCGUGACACUUGGACGCAGCUGCUUUCCUUCAUUUCCAUCAUCAGUGAGGAGUUGUUGUCUGUAUCAUAUUCAGGCCUUCCUACAGUCUGGAUUCAUCAAUUUCCUUCGCUAGGCUGAGUAAGCUGAGUAAAUCCCACCUCCUGUCUGGUUUACCUCCUUUGGCUUGUUUUUGGAAAAAUGGCAGCUAAUAAACCCAAAGCGCCGAACUCUCUGGCCCUCCACAAAGUGAUAAUGGUGGGCAGCGGCGGAGUGGGCAAAUCCGCGCUCACACUCCAGUUCAUGUACGACGAGUUUGUGGAAGACUACGAGCCCACUAAAGCUGACAGCUACAGGAAGAAAGUGGUGCUGGAUGGAGAGGAGGUGCAGAUUGAUAUUCUGGACACGGCAGGGCAGGAAGACUACGCUGCCAUUCGGGAUAACUACUUCCGCAGCGGAGAGGGCUUCCUCUGUGUGUUCUCUAUCACUGAACCCGAGUCUUUCGCUGCUACUGCUGACUUCAGAGAGCAGAUCCUCAGAGUAAAGGAGGACGAGAACGUGCCCUUCCUGCUGGUCGGAAAUAAGUCCGACCUGGAGGACCGGAGGCAGGUGGGAGCGGAGGAAGCCAAAGCCCGAGCCGAUCAGUGGGGCGUCAGCUACGUGGAGACGUCCGCCAAAACCCGGGCCAACGUGGACAAGGUGUUUUUUGACCUCAUGCGAGGAAUCAGAGCCAGGAAAAUGGAGGAGGGAAAGGAGAACGGGAAAAAUAAAAGGAAGAGCUUAAUGAAGAGGAUUCGGGAGAGAUGUUGUAUUUUAUAAUGACUGACUUUUUGCACUGUGAUGUCACUUCCUCUCAUUUCCAGUGUCUGUCUAAUUACAGCUCAUAUUAUUUGACUUCUCUUUUUUGAAGGGUAACAAGGGACAGAAAAUCAGGUAUGUACACGUGUAUGUACGUAGGACUUGGAACAAGUCUUAAUGAACGUAAGACUGAUAUGAAGCUAUUUCAUUUCAUUAUUUAAAUGUAAAUAGGUUGAGUCAUAUGACACUACUGUGUUGUUUUUUUUUUUGUUUGUUUGUUUUUUCAUGCACACUGAGGACCCAGCACUACCAUGAAAUAAUCAGUUAGGCUGCUUUCACAUUUGGCAUGUUUUCCUAAACGUCAGUGCACAAUUUACCUGUACUCCUACAGGAAGUGGAUGCAAGGCAGGCGGAAUGUGGACGCUUUUAAAAAGCAGUCCAGUCUACAGCUGUUUCCGAACUUUCCAGAAAAGCGCAGAAUGACACAAAGAGGCUUUUAUUUUUAUUUUUUUUAACUUCCUGACCAAUCAGGCUGCAGGUAAGGCAAGCAAGAAAAACAAACAUGGAGGACAGAAUGCAGGAGGAAAAAACUUGUUGGCAAGUGAAUAUAAGGAGCACAAUGGAAAAUAAUUCCUUCCUAAUAUUCCAACGUGUCUAUUUUUAGGAUGUUCAUCAGUAUGCAUUGUGACGUCCCAGUUUAACUCUGGAUGCAGUCACAUCACACAAUUAGCACCUCAAGUUCUCUUGAGUUUCUACCUCCAAAGCUACAGCGAACACAAACAACCUCCUCAUCGCUAGAGUCACACCAGUCUUUAUUUUAUCUGUGAUACUGAUCAUAAUAAAUCUAAUCUAGAUCGCUGAUUCUAGAUAUAUUAUAUAUAUCUUGUAUAUUAGCUCUGGAAUACACUUCUUGUGGGAAAAACAAAUAGAACUCGACGACAACGGAGCCAACAAGUCUUCGUUCUUGUUACAGAUUUGUAUGCCUGAAAUACCCUUAAAAUAUCCCUUGACCAUGUUUGGAUCAAUGCCAAAAUGUAAUCAGUUCAUCAAGUGGUAGCAAGUAUACAAAUCCUAGAUUUUAACCAUUCUUUUUUGAGGUAUUACACUGACAAGAAUUUCCUAAGGAAGGAUCGAUGGCAAAAAUCCAGAAAACAGCUGUCGAGUUCCUGAGCACGAAGGCGUACUUAAUGUCUCUGUAUGCCAAAGAGGAAGGAUGCUGUUGGAAGUAAAACUAUUUGAUCUUGCUGUGACCUUGACUCUGCUGGGAUCAAUUCCAAAAUCUAAUCAGUUCAUCUGCUGGAGGCAGGAAAAAAAAAAAAAAAACACACACACACCAAGUGUGAACGCAGCCUUAGUCCACUACAUGGGUUUUUAGGUUAUUUGGGUUCUGUGUGCACUUUAGAGAAAGGUAUACAACAAACACAAGCAUCCUCCUUACAUGAGCUUUUAAAAAGCUGGUAUUCAUUUAAGUAAAGCUUUCUAACUGGAAAAUCUAUUCUCCAAAGUUUGAUCCGUCACAAAGUCAAGGUUAUGGGUGAAAUAUAAAUUUGAUAAAGAUCAGUGAACUAGAACGAGUGCCUUGACUUAACACUUACGAAGUUCCUAUUAGUGGUUUUUAAGAAGUGACACUAAUUAAAGUUUGGGGUAGAUCACUUAUUACACGUUUCUGCUCACUUGCACACACUCGAUUGGACACGCUUUAGUUGUGGAUCACCGUAUUCAGCACCAAGCUUUUCUAAACCUUACUUACCUCAGCACACUCAGAGUGAGGUUAAUGUGAUAGGCGUACCUCGUGUGUGUUUGUGUGUGCAAAGACAACAACCCUAACACUACAUACAUAUAUAUGGUGUAAACACACUACUUCAUUAAAUUAAAUAGAUCCCUUGGAAACAGUAAACAUAUGCUGGGCCUGUGGGUCUCGGAGACAGUGGUGGAUAUCACAAGCAACAAUUAUCAAAAUUUUUAUAGCUAUUAGUCUGUUUGACUGAAUCAUUUUAAUCCGAAUCUCAAUAACUCAAAAACAAAUAGAAUAUUUAUUUAGAAAGCAGUAUGUUUCUCUAAAUCUGUACCGAGAGGGUCCGUGGAAAUAAUUUUACAGUUAGGGUAUGAAAAGUUUGAGAGCCGCUACUCUAGCUCAUGCCUUAAUAUUAUACAGUAUAUAUACAGUACUGUGCAAAAGUCUUGGGCAUGUGUAAAGAAAUGCUGUAAAGCAAUGAUUCCUUCAAAAAUAAUGAACGUUUCUAAAAAUAAAAAUCUAACACAGAGCAGUAAACAGUAAUAAACUGAACAAAGUCAAUAUUACAUGUGACAAAUCUUUUUCGUUUUAAAAAUGCACCAGUAGUCUCAGGUAUUUGUGCAGUUUUAUAAUGAAAUUAUCUGUUGAGUUUUACUGAGCAUCUUAGAGAUUCUGCCACGGUUCUUCUCUGACUGACUGUUUUUGCAGAUAAUCCCCGACAGCCUUCAUUAUGUUUUUUUGGUUGAAAAGUGGUGUUUUAUGUAAUAUGUAACUUUCUUCACUGACAUACAAAAAUAUUUCUGUAUUAUAGAAUUUUUUGUUGGAAAACUAAAAAAAAUUACUGACUUAAUCCUGCAGAAGUCAUAAAAUAAACAUCUAAGACAAAAUUUGUAUUUAAAAAAUAAGGAUGACUUUUGCACAGUACUGUUCGAACCAUCAGACUUUACCAGAUUUUAACAGAUUAGUUGUCUUCCCUGGAAAAAAAAAAAGCCUGUAUCAGUAUGACUUAGAGGAAUUUACCUAAUACUCGUAAUACUGAUGCUAGUUAAAAGAGGAAACACAGUGACUGAUUUUUUAAUUAUUCAGUCUUUUUCAUUAUUAACCGCUUUAGUCAAAUCAUAUUUUUAAAGUGCAUUUCAAUUUCUUUGUCUAUGUAAUGGAAAGGGCUGUUUUGUUUUCUUCUUUUCCAAAAUUGUGUGCAGGCUUUAAAGUUGCAUCGCAUGAGCUUAUAAUGAACUUUAAAAAAAAAAAACAGAAAGAAAGAAAGUAAGGAAAAGUGCUGCAGACCUCAGAACACCAUCAUCUCACAACAUCCUCAACAGACUGAUCUGGUUUUGAAUGAGUGUUUAUCUGUGGAAUAUAUAAUUACAUGCGUCACGUGGGUCCGUCGUAACACGAUGUACAGCUCUAUAUAUUGAAAAUUUGAAUGAUUUGAACGAUCGUUUCUUGCUAACUGCGAUUCACUAACAGUCCUGUAUCGUUAGCGAUGUUGGCACUUCAGCGUGGAUUAUUCCUGUAACCUGUGGAUUGAACUUUUUCUAGCGUAAUAACUUUGCUGUGUGGUAACUGGUACUCGGGGUAAUGACGCUGAAACACAGUGUGCUCUGCUGAAGCCCUUAGCUACUUUUUGUUCUGAAAUGUUGUGUUAAUUUAUGCAUCUGUCUAACCCAGAGCCAAAAAAAUUAAAAUACAAGAGAUUUUAUUAUAAUA